AUGUUGCGGAACAGUGUCCGGUACCUUGUACCAGCAUUGCUAUGUUCCAUACUGCAAUGCGCUCUUGCGGACGAAUUUAGAGAGUUCCAUCACGACGAGGUGUUGUCAAGAAUAUUUAAAAAUGGACGAUCCAAAAGACAAGUUCUCGAUCCCAUGUAUGAUUUGAUAUCGCCGGUUAUUAAUAUUCAGCGAUGGAACGGCGAGGCAGAAUCCGUUAGUUUCGAAGGCUUAGGCGCUAAAUUCACUGUCACAAUGAGACGUAAUCUGGAAUUAAUCCGUCCCGCUGCACAAGUGAUGAGAAUACAAUCAACACAAAAUGUGACUGAGGCAUUACCGUAUGCUGCACAUAAACAUUUUGUUGGUUACGUCGACAAAAAAGAUCCCGUCACCUCCGAGAUUCUCGAACAAGGUGUCGCAGCUUUUAGUCAGGCAGACGGAUUGCAAGGAUCGUUAUUCUUUGGUGAUAACGAGAUCAUAAUAUUACCAUAUAGAAUUGGUCACUCCAAUAUCACGGAUUUGCAUAUAAUGUAUCCAGCCCUCGAAGAAGAAGACGAUUUGUCUCAUGAUAUAGUACGAUUAGAAGCUGUGAACCGUGAUCGACGAAAACGACAAGUGGCGAUACCCCAUCAACACUUGGAAGUCAUGGUGACCGUUGACUAUGACGUAUUCACUGAGCUGGGUUUCCAGGCUUCGAUUGAUUUUGCUUUGUGGCAAAUUAACUUGGCUCAGGCCAUAUUCAUGCAUAGCAGUUUGGCAACUCAUGAUAUCAAGAUCAGCUUUACAAUAGUUAAAAUGUUUAUUAUAGAAAACAACGAACUGCUGGAGAUGAGUGGAUUAUCCAAGUGGAACGAUAUCAUGGACCUCUUUACAAUGUUUGCCUUUGAGUGGGAGCAACCGCUCUGGAACGCUGGAGGUGAUGAUGAUCUAAACUACUACGACGUUGCUAUGGUGAUAGGAGGGAGCUCCAUUACUGUAAAUGGUGAUGAUAAUGGUGUAUCGUCUUUCGAAGGUUGCCACGUGGAUAACCAUUACGUCGCCCUUAGAUACUACGAGAGUGAGCACACGGGCAGAGUACUGGCGCGUCUCUUUGGACACGUACUUGGUAUGGACGAUGAUUCGAACGACGAAGCCUGCGUAUCAAUUGGUAUUAUGUCCGAUGUAAAUAUUCUCUCGUUCACUGAAUGCAACAGACUUGCAGCAGUCUCCUAUUUAAGUUCUCCAGAGGGCAGCUGUUUCAGUGAUACACCGCCGGAUAGCGUUGUCUUCAACACAAUAGAAUCCGAAGAACAACGGCAGGACUACGACUGCUUCCUUCGAUAUACAGAGAAUGAGCUCUACUACAGUGAGGGCGCUUGUCCCUGGCAUAAAACCUAUGACACAUUUUCCUGUGAUUUAUGGUGCAAUGUUGUUGACAAAGCUACCAGGGUUGACGGUUGUAACAACGAAGAAGUCAUGCCUUCGUACGAUAAUUCAUCAUGUGGUUACAACAUGAUAUGCGAUGAAUUACAAGGUUGUAUUUGCCCUGAAGGCGAGGACUGCAUUGGCGGCGAUGAUACUGGUACAUCUGGCGUAUCAUCGUAUAAAGUUAUUACGACACUGGGGCAUGCCUUGGCGGCCUUGGAGUGCAUCGCCUACGGAGGUACACUUGCCGAAAUAAGAAAUAUUGAAACCCAGAACCACCUUGAGAGCUUUCUUGAAUCUUAUACCCAACAUGAUAAAUUUUACUUCGCUUUAAGUCGGGACAUAACAACCGGGUACCGAUGGAAGUCAAAUGGAGACCCACCUGUGUUCUUUUACUGGGUUUCUGGGGAGCCCAAUGACGUAGCACACGAGUGUGCGGUAUUGAGUCGAUCAAACGGUUACAAAUGGCUAGAUUACGGCUGCGCUGAGUUUAUUGGAGCAGUCUGUCAAAUAUUGUCGCCUGUGACGAUGACGUACUGGGUACCCCAGCCGACGUACAAUCGGGAGGCAGCUAACAACAUGUGUAACAGUUAUGGCGGACGCCUUGCAAAGGUCGGGGACGCACAGACACAGACACUGGUUAACACUUUUCUAAAUGAAAUUGGGAUUCCGCUGGCUUCCAAGAAGGUUUACUUCAGUCUUGGACAAACCGAUGGCGUAUGGCAGUUUCCUGACGGGCAGGAGAUUCGUGAGUUUAGCAACUGGCUUGCCGAACCCACCGCUGAACACAACUGUGCAGUUAUGGAUGUCGACAGCGGCUACAAGUGGGAGAGUGUGGACUGCUCAACGUAUUUAAACACUCGCCAUGUUUGCGAAUUUGAAUGCGUUCUGAGUGCUUCCUGGUGCCAUAACGGCGCAAUUGAUAUGGACGAGAACGGCAACACAUGUGCAUGUAUAUGUGACAUCGGAUGGAAGGGACCAUUCUGUCUACAACCGGAAACACCUGUCCAUUCGUGGUACAGUAUGUCGACAGAUACAGCCACUUUUUAUGAAGCACAGGCAAACUGCUCUUCCCUCGGUGCCAAAUUAUCGCCAGUGCUAUCACCGGAAAUGUUUCAAAACGUCGGCGACUUUGCUGCAGCUAAUCUCGAGAGCGAAGUAAUUGUGGGACUGUACAAGGUUGGGGAUGCGUGGAUGGCAGAUGGAAACCAAUUUCAAGGGGCGUUUACGUCAUGGUACGGCGAACAACCACUAGACUACGAAUGCGCUGACAUCAGAUUUGUGGACAACGAGUGGAUGAUGUACGGGCGGGAAUGCGCAGUAGGUUCUACGAAGUAUAUGUGCGAGUUCGAAUGUGUAGAAGGAGCGUUGUGGUGUGUCAAUGGCGAAGUCAUCAGUGAUGAGUUGGGAUGUGAAUGCAAAUGUGACUACAGCUGGAGUGGACAAUUUUGCUCAGAACGUGCUGGUCUCAUGCUAUGGGUCAAUCCUGAAUCAGUCAACUUCGAGUCGGCCAAUGAUCAAUGCAGCGCUCUAGGUGGGCGACUAGCUCCGAUACCAGAUGCAGGAACACAAGAAUCAGUUGAAACAUUUCUUAACUCUCAAGUUUUGCCAGAUCCACGGAUUUAUUUUGACAUAUUUAUGGUGAAUGGGACGUGGUAUAAUAGUGACAGUGUUCAGACAUGGGACAACUGGCCUACAGCCCAACCAGAUGGAUACGAUUGUGGCAUUCUUAGACUGAAAAACGGUGUGUAUAAAUGGGUGUUUACGGUGUGUACAUGGUCAGGUGGUAGGCUGAGUUUAUGUGAAUUCGAUUGCACACGGAGCGAAUGGUGUCGCCAUGGUGAUAUUGUAAGUGACGGUGAUACAUGUUUUUGUAAUUGUCAUGCCUACUGGCAAGGCACAUUUUGUUCGGAAUCGACGACAACGACCAUGCCAACAACAACCACUGCUCGGCCAUUAGAACCGCUCAAAUUCUGGGUUCCUCAACCGAACUUUUCGUGGUACGACUCUGAUUUGAACUGCGCAAUUUAUGGUGGACGUCUUGCAACAAUUGUGGAUCGAUGGACUCACGAUCGAGUUGUCAGGUUUUUGUCAAGCCAAAACUUGGCAACCAACAUAAUAUUUGGUCUUCAUAAUGUUUCUGGCGUCUGGCAAUAUGAUAACGGUGUGUUACCGAUUGAUGGGUACGAGAACUGGAAAGAUGAACCGGAAUCCACGGACUUAUGUGCAUUCUUAAGAUAUGCCAAUAAUUACCAAUGGAUGGCCGUUGACUGUACUUCGGGCGGUUCAAACCAUCUGUGUGAGUUCGAUUGCACGGUGGAUGCCACGUGGUGUAAAAACGGUGUAAUUUCUAUCAACGCUCUGGAGGAGACGUGCAGCUGUGAAUGUGACCCUGACUGGGCAGGACCAUUUUGUAUGCAACCAGAUAUCCAGCCGGGUGACCCACAACCCGUCCAUUACUACACUCACAAACGAGAGACAGAAUACACCAUUGCCGACUAUGAUUGUACACUGUUUGGCGGCAAGUUGGCACAGGUUCAUUCCCCUGAAUUGUUCGGUUUCCUAACUGCAUAUGCGGAAAGUAAUAAUGAAGUGGAACUCGGAGUAGGUUUGCGUAAGGUGGGAAGCACUUGGAUGUCUUACCACGUCACGCCUCAAAGCGGGUAUUUGGCCUGGUUUGGCGGCCAACCGGCAGAUACGGACGACUGCGCAUUCAUCAGCUUCAACUCGGCAGAUAACACGUGGGGGUGGAAAGGUACCAGCUGUGAUUCUAAGACCAAGAAGUACGUAUGUGAAUUUGAUUGUUUUGUGGAUUCUAAUUGGUGUGUUCAUGGAGAUAUUGUCCAGGCUGAAGAGAAUGGGUGUAUAUGUCAGUGCCAUGCUGGAUGGACGGGCCACUUUUGUGCCGCAAGUACCUCUGUUGAAUAUUGGGUGACUCCUAACAACGUGAAUGCACUUGAAGCCCGAGACGAAUGCACUGCAAGAGGUGGUAGUUUAGCUAUCAUAGCAAAUAUUGAUACGUUGUGCCGUGUUUCGAUGAUUCUGGGAAAUCAAACUUUUAUUUAUAAUAAGAUUAUCUUUGAUUUAACAUUGGUUAACUCUGUGUGGGAGAACUCUCAUGGUGUUCAGUUGUUCCGCAACUGGGUUUGGCCUCCAACUGGUACGGAAGAUUGCGCAACAAUGAGAAUGGAUUUGCAGUAUAUAUGGCAACCCAGCUCAUGUGCCUGGCGAGACAGCAGAUAUGGUUUAUGUGAAUUCGAUUGUACAUCCGGAACAUGGUGUAGUCAUGGCAGCAUAAACAUCUUGGAAGCCGGAUGUGAGUGUGUUUGCUCCUAUGGUUGGAUAGGACAGUUGUGUGACGAGAUUGAUCCUUUGGCUUCUACCACCACUACUGCUAAACCAGUUAUUCUAGACCCUGUUUCCUUCUGGAUUCCACAACCAACCUGGCCAAGGGAUCGAGCGCAAUCCCUGUGUGAAAUGCAUGGCGGUCGUCUUGCUGUCGUCGUGGAUAAAUGGACCCAAGCUCGUGUGCAAUCAUAUCUGGCCAGUACAAACCCCGUGAACAAUAAGGUGUUUUUCGGUCUGCGUUUUGUCAACGGCCUUUUGGGUUACGACAGCGGUGAGGAAGUGUUAAACUACACCAACUGGAUGUCAGGUCAUCCACUACAGGAGUACGACUGUGCUGUGUUCAGUUUAUGCCGUGGUGUAAUAUUAUGGGAUGUAUUUUUAGAUUGUUUGACAGACACGUCGUGGUGUGUAAAUGGCCAAGUAAAUAUUAGUAUUGAAGAUGAAUCCUGCUACUGCCAAUGCAGCGCUAACUGGAAGGGGCCAUUCUGUAUGGAACCUGAAUCACCACCGGCACUUGGGUAUUCAGUGUCAGACAUACCAGCAGAUUACGUCACUGCCUCGUCAGUAUGUGGCGCCAGUGGUGGAACCUUGGCGCGAAUACAGUCCCCGGAAAUGUUUCAGAAUCUUGUGAACUUUAUUCAGUCCACUGGUCAGACAGAUGUGUGGUUUGGACUGGCACUGUCGGGGUCAAAUUGGAUAUAUGAAGACGGCACUUUGCAAAGUGGUUUCAGUGCAUGGCGAGGCUCACACCCGAACUUGAGAGACUGUGCGUACCUGAAGAGUUCUAAUGGAAUGUGGGAGUGGUAUGGUGCGGGUUGUACUUCGCUGAAGUAUUAUGUAUGCCAGUUUGAGUGUGACGAUGGUGAUAGUUGGUGUUUCCAAGGUGACGUCGUUGCGCACGAGACCGCGGGUUGUGUUUGUGAGUGCCACAGCGGAUGGGUCGGAGAAUUCUGCAAAGCAAACAAGAAUAUUGCUUAUUGGGUGAACCCUGUAUCUGUUAAUGCAAUAACAGCUCGAACCGUGUGCCAAGACAAAGGCGGUCGGCUAGCCAAAAUAGACAGUUUUGACCAACUGAUGUAUAUUGGUACCUUCCUCGAUGGACAAACUCUGUCAGAUCCGAGACUCUAUUUCGAUUUACAGCUGAACAACACAGAGUGGUAUAAUAAUGACGGUCCGCAGUCGUUUCUCAAUGGAUUGAGUGUGGGUGAUGGUACCAAAACUUGUGUUAUGCUAAAGUAUGGCCCAGAUAUGGCAUGGAAUGAACAAGUUUGCACGUGGGCUGCCGGACGGCUAAGUUUAUGUGAAUUUGACUGCUUAGUGGAUACACAAUGGUGUGCAAAUGGGGAGAUACAAAUAGACGACUUUUGUACCUGCCAGUGCUCGUACGGCUGGAUGGGAACCUUCUGUGACAUGCCUGAUCCAACAGCAACAACGACCACUACUCUCUUUCCAACAACAACUACAGCUCCUAUACCUUCCACAACAGUACAUUUUACUACCGAACCUCCAACAACUACAGCCACAGCUGCCCCUACUACAACUUCUACAACAGCGCCUCCUACUACCGAAUCUCCAACAACUACAACCACAACUGCCCCUACUACAACUUCUACGACAGCGCCUCCUACUACCGAAUCUCCAACAACUACAACCACAACUGCCCCUACUACAACUUCUACGACAGCGCCUCCUACUACCGAAUCUCCAACAACUACAACCACAACUGCCCCUACUACAACUUCUACGACAGCGCCUCCUACUACCGAACCUCCAGCAACUACAACUACAACUGCCCCUACUACAACUUCUACAACAGCCCCUCCUACUACCGAACCUUCAACAACUACAACUGCCCCUACUACAACUUCUACAACAGCCCCUCCACCACCACCAACAACAACAACUACUACAGCUUCUACGCUCGAACCACCUUCUUCAAACGUUGCAUUCUGGCUUUCUGAACACACUAUUUCAUAUGACAAUGCCAGCUUAGAGUGUCAAAUGUAUGGUGGGCGCCUCGCUACAGUCACAAGUCAGGCCACCCAGGAACGUGCUGUGUCAUAUAUGAAUACAGUUGGUGUCAGUUCAUUGAGCGGAAAGGUGUUUUUUAGACUUCAACGAAUUAAUGAUGUUUGGGGAUAUGACUCGGGUGAGAUUCUAGAAUAUUCUAACUGGAAAUAUUCUGAAGAAUUUGAUUGGCUGGAUUGUGCUGUUUUUAGGUCUACUGACGGUUAUUUGUGGGAACGUGAGAACUGUACUGCCAGUUGGGAAAUAUAUCAUCUUUGCGAAUUUGAGUGUAUUGAGACGACGAAUUGGUGUACCAAUGGACAAGUUGUUACAAACGAUAGCGGGUAUACAUGCAGCUGUGUGUGUGAUAUAGGUUGGAAGGGAACGUUCUGUAAGGAACCGGACCCAGCACCAGCUCUGAAGUAUUUUGCAUCACGCGCUCUGAACAUCUAUGCGGACGCUGAAUCUGACUGCGCAUUAUUCGGAGGACGGUUGGCUCAGACUCAGUCACAGGAAAUGUUUGACAGCGUCACCAGCUUCGCUAUGUCUAUUGGUUUAAACAAUUGGUACUCUGGGCUUCAUAUGGAAAACGGCAAAUGGAUGUCUGUGGAAAAUGUUCAACAGAGCGCGUUCAUGGCAUGGAAAUCCGCUCAACCUCACGACGAACAAUGCGCGUUCAUGAAGUACGACAUUGGAGCUUGGACGUGGCGUGGAACGUCUUGCACGUCAAAAAGGAAAUACGUGUGCGAGUUCGAUUGUGUCGGCGAUACAAGUUGGUGUAAAAAUGGCGUUGUCGUGGAGACUGCAGAUUCCUGUGAAUGUCGGUGUCAUGAUGGAUGGAGUGGAGAUUUCUGUCGAGUGAGUACGUCCAUCAUGUAUUGGGUCAACCCUCAGCCCGUAAAUGGCUUUGAAGCCAGGACUGAAUGCCAAGCAAGAGGUGGUCGACUAGCUAAGGUAGCAGACAUUGGAACUCACAUUGCUGUAGCGAGUUUCCUUGAAAGCGUUUAUCUAGCGGACCCUAGGGUGUAUAUUGGGAUACAGAAGAUUGUCGAUGAAUGGGUAAAUGAUGAUGGGAUCCAGGAAUACUUCCAAUGGAAUGGGAUUGUUGAUGAGACAAAUGACUGUGUCGCGCUACUCCAAACUGCAGAUUUCGCAUUCCAAGCAAACAAAUGUACUUGGUCGGGUACGAGGAUAAGUUUAUGCGAAUUUGACUGCUCCGUGCCGGAUUGGUGUAAAAAUGGUAAUAUUGUUGCUAACACCACGUCUUGUUAUUGUCAGUGCUCUUACGGAUGGCGGGGAACCUUGUGCGAUGACGUUGAUCCAACUGCAACGACAACUACUGUUGCCACCACCACCUCAAACACCACAGCAGAAGCGAGCGUCAUGUACUGGGUCAACCCAGUUCCAGUAAAUGGAUUUCGUGCGCACGAGGAGUGCGUCGCAAAGAACGGCAUGUCUGCUGUCAUUAAUGAUGAAGAAACAUAUGCAAACGUCAUUAGCUAUCUGAACGAAAAUCCAGCUCCGAGUGUCAAGAUUUACUUCAACGUGAGCAGAAACUUUGAAGACUAUAUCUGGAUGAACCGAGACGGCUUGCAACAGUUUUUCCCAAGCAAUUGGGCAUUUGUGAAUGAUACAAAAGAUUGUAUGAAUCUGAGACCAGACCAGAAUUUCAAAUUUCAAUCAGUCGUUUGCUCAUGGGGAGGUGAGAGAGUUGGCCUAUGUGAGUUUGAUUGCAGCUUGACGAACAGGUGGUGUAUCAAUGGUUACGGUGUUCAGACACAGGAUAGUUGUAACUGCACCUGUUUGGAUGGUUGGACUGGCGCGCUAUGCGACGAACCUAUAGUAAAAAGAUCUGUCAGGAACAAGGAACAAGCUGCCGUUGGAGGUGCAGAGAUUCACAAUAAAGGCAAUGGUGCGAAAGGUGGACAUAUGAUAGGUGCAAUCAAGGGUCCAAAUGCUCUUAGCAACGAAUUGGUCUAUCCUGUUUGUCGAUCUUACGAAGCUGAGAUCCAGGAAGGUUGUGUCUUUGAAGGUUUAGGAUGUACUUUUGAACUCAACCUUACGUUGAACUUGGAACUCGCCAUAUCAAGUGCUAAGACACAAUUCUUCAACAGUGGUGGUUUCUAUGGAGACAAGUUCAUCAAGCCACAACAUUGUCACUAUCUUGGAGUUGUAAUGAGACGAUGUGGCAUAGCCCACGUGACAGAAACUGUUGGCAGAGCAGCCAUCACGCUGUGUGGCGGUCUAGGAGGUACCUUAUUUUUUGAAGGCACGAGAUAUUCCGUAGUUCCCGUUGAUCAUACAGACCGUUUUGAAGGAACCCAUAUAUUGUACGAGGACCCGGAGGCAAACCGGAAGUUAGAUACUGUGAUUGAAGUCUUCCGAGCGGAGGCGGUUGAAGAAGUUGGUGUACGGAAAAAGUUCAAUCUAAGCAGACCGAGUCGCGAUAUUGGCAGGAUUAAAAAAGAGAUACCAAUAACAACCACAAAACAUCGAAACAAGAGAAAUGUUGAUGAUCAAAGAGAAAUCCAUGUAGAAAUUAUGGUAACGAUUGGAUAUGAUAUGUACCUUCAAUAUCGAGACCAGUCUACUAACUUCGGAUUGUCCUUGGUUAAUCAUGCACAAGCUGUGUACCUCCAUGAAAGUUUGGUCAACAGUGGCAUAUACGUCAAGCUGCACGUGGUUAAAAUGCAAGUAUUUGAAGCAACCAUCCUAGAGGACAUGUAUGAUGUGGAUAAAUGGCAUGACAUCAUUGGUUUAUAUUCGGCUUACUGCUCGGGAUGGGAACCAGACUACUGGGUAGAAAAUAACAGUGACGAAGAACACUAUGAUAUAGCUGUAGUGAUUGCAGGGUCUUCCGUUGUGAACACCUAUGACGAUAAUGGUUUAGCGAGUUUCCGUGGAUGUAAUAGCAACCAUUGUUCUGUUUUAAAAUACACUUCAUUUGAACAAGCCGGGGGACUGUUCGCACAUGAAAUCGGAUUAACGUUGGGAAUGUAUUACGACUCUAAAAACCCGAUAUGUCCGGCAUUCAAUUCAGAUGGUACAGUGGGAAUAAUGGAUGACCCAGGCUCAGUGUUCUUCACCGAAUGCAACAAAUAUGAAUUGCUUCAUUACGUCAACUCUCCUGGUGUGGACUGUUUUGAUAACGCCCCUGUCCCCGGUGAGUGGAAGGAUUAUUCGCAUAAUCCUUUCGAAGAGGAUGUACUGUGUCAGGAGUUGUACUAUAACACCCCAGGUUAUUAUAGUGAAAGACGAUGUCCCUGGAGGACCCCGGAUGUUACGGGUGAUUGUUCUAUGUGGUGUGAAGUGAUUUCCAUUGAAACUGGUAGGAAAACAUGUUCUCGUGAAAUGAUGCAUUUGCCCGAAAACAGUGCGAUAGCCUGUGGAAACAACAAGGUCUGUUCGAUGAAUGAGUGUGUGUGUCCACCCUCAGCCGACUGUAGUGACAAAAGGGAAGUAUCCGGGAUACCUGCAGUUUAUUACAAGGUGGUAUCGACCGAGAACACGCCGUGGGUAGACUUCAACAAGGGAUGCCACCGUCUUGGAGGAAGGGGUCUUAAAAUAUCGAAUCUAGCUACUCAAGCUGCUGUGGUCGAGGUUAUUAAGAGUAGGUCACCAACUGCGAAAUUUUACUUAGAUAUUCAUCGCAACAGCUCGGAGAGCAACCAGUGGCACACUUACAAACAGGAGUCAGUGUAUUUCUACAGUUGGCUGCCUGGAGAACCGGAUCAAAAUGAAAACGAAUGUGCCGUACUGAGUCGAAACGAUAACUAUGAGUGGGUGGACCAUGCAUGUGAUGGCGGGGCUGGAUUCAUCUGCCAGUUUGACUGCAGCGAUCCAGAAUGGUGCUUGCAUGGAAAUGUGACGUUAAUUGGAGAUUCGUGUACGUGUGAUUGUGAAGCAGGGUGGAAAGGAGAAUUCUGUGAAGAGUUUGCUACUCUCAUGACGCCAAAAUACGUCCUACCGGGAGGUAGUGCAAACGCCGUGAUAGCGCAGGAAGCCUGUUUGGCCUUACAUGGAACACUGCCGGAUGUAUCAAGUAGCGAUGCCCACGAUAACUUCAAAAACUUUCUGUCCGCCAUGUCGCCUGUCACUGGAGACGUCUAUGUUGAUUUGACAUUAAAGCGUUCCAUAUGGAGGGAGUACUCCGGUAAAGCCUCACAUGUUGUGAUGUGGGCCGAUGGUGAACCACGGGUUAAUAAUACAUGCACUACUGUCGGUCAGAAUUAUUCCUACCAGUGGAAGUCAUCAGAUUGCCAAGAUGUUCUUCUUGUUGUCUGUGAAUUUUCAUGUGAAACUGCGUAUGAAGAUUGGUGCCGGCAAGGCGAUAUAGUCUCUGACGGAAAUGGAUCUUGCACGUGUCAGUGCUGGCCUGGGUCAUAUGGAACGUUUUGUGAAGAAUAUGACUACAGCGAAGUCCUGUACAAAUCGCUUCUGUUUUUCGAAACACAGCGAUCCGGGGUGCUGCCACCAGACAAUAGAAUUCCAUGGAGAUUUGACUCCGCUUUAGACGAUAUGUCGGAAAACGGUGAUGACUUAACUGGAGGCUGGUAUGACGCUGGGGACCAUUGCAAAUUUUCCUUCUCUCAUACCGGCAAUACUCUAAGACUGGCGUGGGGCUUCCUGGAAUUCAAAGAUGGAUACGAGGCGGCUGGACAACUUGACGUGAUGUAUGCUACUUUGAAGUGGGGACUUGACUAUAUUAUUAAGCUGCACACAGCGAAGUAUGAAUUAUAUGCGUGUGUUUGUAAUGCAUCACUGGAUCAUACCUAUUGGGGGCGGCCGGAAGAUAUGACAAUGGAACGCCCGGCUUUCAAGAUAGAUGCCGACAAUCCAGGAAGUGAUUUGGCUGGAAAUGCCGCUGCAGCAUUGGCUGCUUCAUACUUAAUAUUCAAAGAUAUCGAUCCAGCGUACGCGGCACUUAGCUUGAGCCAUGCACGAGACCUAUACGACUUUGCUUACUUAUAUAGAGGUAUAUAUUCAUACAAUACAGACGUCAACAACUACUUGAGUUCGUCCUACUACGAUGAGUUAGUCAAUGCUGCUAUAUGGAUGUACGAUGCAACCGGUGAAGUUGAUUAUUUGGAAGCAGCUAAGACAAUGUAUGACGAGUUUGGUCUGGAUGUUACACACAGGACAUACAGCUGGACAUCAGCCGCCCCGGCUCUACAGCUGCUCCUCUAUCUACGUACACAAGAUAUGAAGUAUGGGACCGGGUUUGAGGACUUUUUAAAUGGAUGGUUGCCUGGUGGUACAGUCACUUACACUCCCAAAGGCCUUGCUUGGAGAUCUCCCUUCCAAACUUUAAAGAUUGCAGCAAAUGCGGCCUUUUUGUCCCUGGUUGCAGCCAAGAAUGGACUAAACGUAGACACGUACCUUGGUUUUGCCAGAGGACAGCUUCACUACAUUCUCGGGGACACUGGAAGAAGUUUUGUAGGUGGAUUUGGAAUGAAACCACCCAUACGAAUCCAUCACAGGGCAAGCUCCUGCCCAACCCCACCAGAACCCUGUAAUUUUGGUGUUAUGAGAGAUAAUAAACCAAACCCAAACAUAUUAUAUGGAGCCCUAGUGGGAGGCCCUGAUGUUAAUGAUAAUUAUGAGGAUGCCAUACCUAACUGGUCACAGAAUGAAGCUGACAUUUACCAAGCUGGAUUUCAGUCUGCCAUAGCAGGAUUGAUUUACUUCAAGAAUAAUGGAACCAUCUUUGUCUGAAAUCACUGUCGAAAGUCUACUAUACCUAAACGAAUUUUCAAAACGCUCUAUUCGUUGACCAUUACAGUGUUUAAAUAACCGUAAUUGUAAUUUUGUAUUUGAUAUUAUUAUUGGUUAUAUUGUUAUGGUAACAAGUAUUGCAGACGAGAAUUUAUAAUAUACUUGGAGAAUGGUCAAUAUAGCUAUUGUUUGUUGUUGAUCACGCUCUAUUCAUUGACCAACCUAAUUUUUAAAUAACCGUGAUCGUAUCUUAGUAGAUAAUGUUAUUGUAGUUAUAUAUAUUAUUUUA